UCGCAUAUCAGCAGCGAGAGAGGGGGUCGGUGAGAACGAAUCCGUGUUCAUAAUUUGAAUGCGAUCACUAAUUCUGUUUGUUCGAUAGAUACAUCUUUCCUUUUUUGAAUGAAAAAAGAACAUUUAAAACAAUGUUUGGAUUACAAAUUUUGAUUUUGGCUAUCCUGCCAGGAAUUGUUUCAUGUGUAGCCAGUCGCUGUCGACAAGGAGGGAAUUGUGUGCUUCCCGGGUGUUAUUGCAGCACUUUCAAACAUGAAAUGGAGCCUUUAAAAAUGCCACAGAUCGUAUACUUUGGAUUUGACGACGCUUUAACAACAGUACUUCCAGCUUACUACGAUCGCCUUUUCAACCACACUUCGAAACGAAAUCCGAACGGGUGCCCGAUUGGAAUGACCCUCUAUGUUUCUCAUAAAUAUACACAGUAUCAACUAGUGAAACGCUAUUAUCAACAGGGUCAUGAGAUUGCCGUACACAGCGUUACUCACUCGCACAUAAAAACUCGGGAGGAUCUUGAGCGCGAAGCAGAUAAACAGAAGAAAAAUAUUGCAAAGUUUGCCGACAUCCCCGUCGAAGAUAUCAUUGGAUGGCGGAGUCCCUUUCUAGAGACAGCGGGGGACGACCAAGUUGACGUCCUGAAGACACUAGGGUAUAGAUAUGAUAUUUCUCUUACAUACAAAAAAGCCAAAAUGAAUGGACAAGCUCCUUUUCCAUUCACCAUGGACUAUGGUUGGACAUUUUACUGUCAGAUAAGGCCAUGUCCAACAAAAUCCCAUAAGGGAUUUUGGGAGUUCCCUGUCAACGCAUUAAUGGACUUUAAAGAUCAAUAUCCAUGUGGCUACGUCGAUGGUUGUUACAACGUUCCCAAGACUGAAGAGGAGGCUUACCAAUACUUGUACAAGAAUUUCAAGAGUUCAUAUGAUGGAAAUCGAGCUCCAUUUGGACUUCACAUGCACGCUGGGUGGUUUUAUACUCAAUAUCACCUGGAUGCUAUGGAUAGAUUUAUAAAUGAUAUACUGAAAUACGACAAUGUGUACAUUGUUCCGGUAAGACAAGCUUUGGAGUGGAUGGAACAUCCAACGCCAAUAAACGAAUUAGAUACUUUGAGCACUUGGUCUUGUCCUAACCCACAUGUACGACCAUCUGUCCAACAUGCACAGCAGCAACAGCGACCAAACUUACCCGUGCCACAACCUCAAAAACCUAAAACAACAACUUCAACAACAACAACUACUACUACAACAACUACUACCACUACCACACCUAAACCUUGGAAACCUCCAACAACCAUGAUUCCAGUAGGAAAACCUAAUCGUCCAAGAACGACAAGAAAACCUGCCAGAAUUCCACUCCCACAAAAGCCGCCACCAAGUCCCAGCAAGAACUUCUGGUCUUGGGCACAACCCACAAAAAAAUCUAAUCCUACUACUACCACUUCAACAACUACCACUACGACAACAACCCAAAUUCCAACAACAAGGCCUACUACUACACGCCUAAUGAAUCCGGGUGCACCAUUUGUUUUUACAUCUAAUUCAUUAAAUUUGCAAAAACUGAAAGGAAAUCUUGGUCAUAACCACGACAUGAUUCAGGCACUAGAAGCUUUUUCGUCUACACCUAGAGUAGCCGCUGAGGGCUUUAUUGAAAUUACACCCCAGCCAAAAAUUGCCACCACGACUUCGGUACCAAGUGAAGGGUGUAUCCAAGGUGAGAAUUGUCAUUUGCCAUCCUGUUUCUGCAAUGGUGUAAAUCCACCAGAAAAGAUGGGGUGGAAGGACACGCCUCAGUUUAUUUAUCUUACCUUUGACGGACCAAUUCAAGAAAGAGUUUAUCAAAAGUAUAUUCAAAUCAUCGGUAACUCGCGAAUAAAUCCAAACAAAUGCCCAGUAGCUUCAACUUUCUUUGUAUCGCAAACGGGUUCAUCAAAUAAUCUAAUCAAAAGUCUCUAUGACAAACACAAUGAAAUAGCACUCAAAGGUUACAGUGGAAUGCCCAUCACAAAUAUAUCUGUAUUUGAAGAUGGCAUGAUUGCCCAAAUAAAAGUUUUACAGAAAUUGGGAAUUGAUAUAAUUCAAGGAUGGAGAAGUCCUCACAUGAAACCACUUGGGGAUGAACAAUUCAAGAUUCUGAAAAACUUUCGAUAUGUUUAUGAUGCCACUCUAACAUCUAAGUACAAGAGUGGGCCUCGAAACUGGCCUUACACUAUGGAUUUCAACAAUGGAAAUGAUUGCGUUAUAAACAAGUGUCCGAAAGAAACCUACAACGGAUUAUGGGAAGUGCCUACUUCUCCUGUUUUGGACUACCUUGGACUUUAUCCCUGUAACUUUGUAGACGGAUGUACAAAUUCGCCUUCAACCGCAAAUGACACUUUCAACUUUUUAUGGAAAGAAUUUACACAGCACUACACAACGAAUAAGGCCCCUCUCGGAUUACACUUUCGCCAUAUUUGGUUCACACACCCAUUCUUUGAUGAUAAUCUUCGUGGAUUUCAGAAGUUUUUGGAUAAAGUUGGUGAAUACAAAGAUGUAUAUUUUGUGACCAUUCGAAAUUUAAUAGAAUGGAUGACACAUCCCACAACCGUUGAUCAGCUGGAAAAGGGAUAUCUAUGGCAGUGUUAAUGGGGUUUAUUAGCUCUACAAACAUCCAUUUUAAGGUUGAAGAUUAUUGCAUCUAAUGAAUACAAAAAGUUUUCAAAAUAUUUCAAGCAUAACAUAAUAUUAAUGGAUAAGCGUGUAAUUCGUUUUUUUUAAUUACAUGUAUCAGGUGGUGAAAACACUCUUAUUAUGCACAUGGCAGGUCACAUAAGAAAAAAACCCUCUUGUUUUGACAGAUCAGGUUCCCAGUAUUUUUAUGAGUAUUGUGUAUAUGACAGUAGAAUAUUAAUGAUCAAUCCACCAUUAUGACUGUACAUGUAAUAGCGCACUGUGUGUGUAAAAGGGUCUGUAAGCAAUAAUACUGAUGGUACAAUGUAGAUCUCAUGUUUGCAAACUAUAAGUUUUUCAUAACCUCGUGUAUUGUCGCUGCCUAGUUGCUGAAUUAUUUUUGAUUUACAGUAAAAAUGUAAUAAUAAUGUUUAAACUGUUAAGUAUGACGAAUGUUUUACUGUUGAUCCAUAGUACACACAUGCUAAAUAUGAGUAAACUAUAAAAAUACACACAUCAUCUUGCACUAUUAUUUAAUGAGUAUGUUUGCAACAACUUCAUGAAAUUAUUGCGAUUAGAUAAAAAAAGAAAAAAAAGAAUGAUAAUAAUUCUCCUAUGUAUUCAUUUUUAUAUCUUUUUAGAAUCUCGGAAUAUUGAAAUCCAUCUUCGUGCGUUUUGCUGUGAUAUUGAACAUGUAUAUAUAAUUUAACCCAGUAUUUGCCAUGAAACAGCAGAAAAGUAUUGCGUAGACAUUACACUAUGAAAUACGAAUAUUCUUUACAUUCGUUUUGAAUGGGAAUUUGAUUUAAAUACUUCAUUUAAGUCCAUUCAUUCCACGACGUUCUCAUUUAUUCAUUAAUUAUUAUUUCUGUAUCAGAAAAUGGUUUUCUAUAUCUACCUGUUGAUUGCUUAUUUGAUUGAUUUUUAUCAUUCCAAUAUGGAAUGCUCUUGUUUGUCCGUAGUUUUAAAUAUCUUUUCUGUUUAUUUGUCGCUUCAUGGUUUAUUUAUUAAAAAUGAUUGAACAAUA